AACCUAGAGCAGAUGGAAUAUUCCUCCACAUCACGUGGGCCUUGACCACUACGGCACAACCCUUGUGGUUACAAUAGGAUUCAUGGUUUGUUGAGCAUGAAAGAAUGUCCCACAUACAGAGCAACAAAAGGUGGAGUAGGCUCCAUGCCUAUAAUAUGAGUCCAAAGCUUUGGUUUCAAAACACCUCAAUCAAAUGCACUUUAAGUAUUUUAUUCUUUUCUUUAACUGCAAACCCUUCCCGUUUGUUGGCGAGCAACAACAAACCUUCUUGGGAGUCCUACAAGAUCCGUUCGUUCUUUUUUCUCUAACAAAUGGUCAAAACUUUAUCUGGGUUCAAAUCCUACUGUGAGGUCCACUAGAGAUCAGAAUUUGUUAAAGAAACGACAAGGGGGUUUAUCUUGUCUACAAUUCGGAUAUUCGUCUUCAACUUCAUGUUCAUAAAAGUAAUCUAUGCUAUCAUCAUUCAUGAUAUUUUGAUGCAGAGAAGCCAUGUGCUUAAUUCUAAUAUAAUGGGAAGAAAUACAAAUGAUUAAUAUGAUAAGAUUAUUUGAAUAUUAUCAUAUAUAUCAUGUGCAAACUAUACUAAUGGUGGGGUGUACUAAUGAUAUCUAUAUCUAUAUCUAUAUCUAUAUCUAAUUACACUCACACACACCCAUAUAUAUAACAAAUCUCCAACUUAGUUUUCAUCAAUUUCUGCAAAACCCGCCUCCGAAUCUAGCUCGAAAAUGGCGAAACCUUUUCUUCUUGUUCUCAAGCUUUUGAUGGUCUUACUAGCUCUUGGCUGGGUAUCUAUUUGGGUUCUGAAACCAACACAGCUAUGGACAAGAAAAUGGAAAGCAGCUGAAGAUGCUGCAAGAACUACAGUUUUUGGUUCUAGUGGUCUUGAUUUCGUUGUUUACUCAUUUCCUAUUAUCGUUUCCGUGAUGAUUGGAUUUGUCUACUUGCAUUUCAAACCAAAGGAACAGAAUGGCAGAAAAAGGAGGAGUUCAAUUGCAGCUCUGUCCAAUCCGAUCGUUGUCAAUAGUUUCAUCGGUGUUUUAUCUGCCAUGGAAGUCCUUGUGAUCUCCUUCUUCAUCAUAUUUCUAGCGUGGACGUUCUGCAUACACAUCUCUAAUGAUUUUAAGAAGAUGAUGCCGGUGAAAUCAAUGAAAUUAAACUUAUGGCAAUAUAAGAUGUUUAGGAUGGCAACACGGUGUGGAUUGCUAGCGGAAGUCUGUCUAGCUCUGAUUCUAUUUCCUAUCAUGAGGGGAAUGACUGUGUUCCGAUUGUUCGGUAUCCAGUUUGAAGCAUCUGUCAAAUACCAUAUAUGGCUCGGGAUAAUGAUGCUAUCGUUCGCCACUUUACAUGGUGUUGGCACUUUAUUCAUCUGGGGUAUCAAAAACCGGAUUCAAGAUGAGGUGUGGAAAUGGCAGAAAACAGGGAGAAUAUACCUGGCCGGCGAAAUCGCUCUUAUCGCGGGAUUAGUCAUCGGGAUCACAUCACUUCCACAAGUGAGAAGAAAGAGGUUUGAAUUAUUCUACUACACACACCAUUUGUACACCGUCUUCAUAGUCUUCUUCUUGUUUCAUACCGGAGACCGUCACUUCUACAUGGUGUUUCCCGCAAUCUUUCUCUUUGCCAUUGAGAGAUUGCUCCGAAUAAUACAGUCAAGGCCGGAAACAUGCAUUCUUUCUGCUCGAAUCUUCCCUUUCAAAGCCGUUGAAGUUAUACUGCCAAAAGAACCAAGAUUGAAGUACACCCCAACCAGCAUAAUCUUCAUAAAGAUACCGAGCAUUUCCAAAUUUCAAUGGCAUUCAUUUACUAUAGCUUCAAGCUCGAGCGUUGAUGACGAUACAAUGUCAGUUAUCAUAAAAUGUGAUGGAUCAUGGACAAACUCUCUUUAUGACAUAAUCCAACGAAUCCCGGUUGGUGGGCAUGAUCAGAGAGUGCAAAGGUGCAUCCCGGUUUCAGUAGAAGGGCCAUAUGGACCCGCAUCAACGAACUUCCUAAGCAAAUACGAUAGUUUGCUUCUGGUGGCCGGAGGAAUAGGAGUGACACCAUUUCUGAGCAUAUUGCAAGAAAUUUCGUCUGCUCAAAACCACGGGAGAAAGAAUUUCCCAACAAAGAUACAACUUAUCUACAUCACAAAGAAGCGAAAUAGUAUCGGCAUCCUAAAUUCGGUUCUACCUCUUCUCGCAAACAAAAAUACCAAAGACUUCCAUCUGAAGCUGAAAAUCUAUGUGACCCAAGAAGUGCAACCCGGUGCAACAAUUAGUGAACUGAUAAACGAGUUUUCACAAGUGGAAACGGUCAACUUUCACACAGAGUGUACAAGUUACUCACCAUAUGGCCAUGAGAGCUCACUUUUAAUGGCUGCUACUGUCGGGUUCUCCUCCAUCUUGUUCUUUGUUUUUCUUAUCAUUUUCAACCACAUCUUCUUGCCCCAACCUCAGACUAAGAAAGCUUCUUCCAAAGAGAAAACCCCGUCAUCAUAUGUUGAUCUUGUUCUUAUAUGUGCUUUCACUCUAUCCAUCAUCAGCACGACACUCGUGUUUUUGGUUUUGAGAUUGAAGCAUCUGAAGAAACAGCAACCACCGAUGGCCAUUAAGCAUAACGGAAGAGAAAUGCAAGCAAGUUCAUUUCAAUCAAACAGAAAUGUUGAUGAACAUGAAGUCAACUUUGGAGCAAGACCCGACUUCAAAGAUAUAUUUUCAAGAUUCCCAAAUGAAACGGGUGGAUCCUUCGUCGGGGUGUUGGUAUGUGGACCCGAAGCAAUGAAGGAGUCCGUAGCUUCAAUCUGCAAGUUAAGUAUGCAACGUUCAACCACAAAUGGUCAAACAAAGAAGCCACACUUCAAUUUCCACUCCCUCAACUUCACUCUUUAGAAAUGUAUGCAUCAUCAGCGUACCAAUGCAAGCUAAUUUUGUUCGAUUUCAAGAAUAUAAGUUAUCCUAGAUUAUAGUAUAGGAGUCUGGUUUAUCCAUCUAGGAACGUAUUGUACUCUUGGGGGAAUCUAGUUCGCAAAAUGUUUUUUGAAGGAAUGGAAUCUGUCAAAGAAAUCUGCGAACCAAACAGGGAAUUAAAGUCCUUAAAUAUCUUGAAGAAAAUAGCCUGUAACAGUCGACUUACAAGAUUAGCUAUUCAUGGUUGAAUAAUGUGCAUACUUAAGUUA